AUGGCCUCUGCUCGCUCCUUGAUGCGAUUGAGCACUGGCCGCUCGCUGGCAUCGGCCGUGAGGUCGUCCCAGACAUGCCGUGCCUUCUCGUCGACCGUGCAGCUCGCCUCCAAAGUUCCUGAGCCUGAGAAUAUGCGCCAAGCGCACCGUCCCCCCCAAGGAGCUCUUCGCGCGCCUGUCGUCAACCCCGCCGACAAGUACCAGGACAAGACCGAGAGCCUGCACAAGUACGGCCAAUAUGUCAUGUCCUGCCUGCCCAAAUACGUUCAGCAGUUCUCUGUGUGGAAGGACGAGCUCACGAUCUACGUUCCUCCCACCGGCAUCAUCCCUGUCAUGAGCUUCCUGAAAUACCACACGGCAGCCGAAUUCACCCAGAUCUCCGAUAUUACCGCGGUUGAUUUCCCCACUCGUGACCAGCGCUUCGAGGUCGUCUACAACCUGCUGAGCAUCCGCUAUAACUCCCGUAUCCGUGUUAAGACCUAUGCGGACGAGGCCAGCCCCGUGCCCAGUGUGACGGGUCUGUACGAAGGAGCUCUGUGGUACGAGCGUGAGGUCUACGACCUGUUUGGUGUCUUCUUCAGCGGCCACCCGGAUCUGCGUCGUAUUAUGACGGACUACGGUUUCGAUGGACACCCUCUCCGCAAGGAUUUCCCUUUGACCGGCUACACUGAGCUGCGCUACGAUGAAGAGAAGAAGCGCAUCGUCAUUGAGCCCCUUGAGCUGACACAGGCUUUCCGGAACUUCGAAGGAGGCACCACUGCUUGGGAGCCUGUUGGCUCUGGCGUUGACCGGAAACCUGACUCGGUAUGUCUGGUAACUAACUCCUGUGAAGCGAUGGAAACUAAUAUGGUUCAAUAUAGUUCAAGCUCCCCACCCCUAAGCCGGAGGAGAAGAAGGAGGAUGAAAAGAAAUAGAGCUCCAGAAUGUAUCCGUAUUUCCCUUUCACGUUGUUUGUAUGUACAUACCGCGUAUACGUCGACGAAUCUUUCGAUUCAAACUCGUUGA